AUGACCAAAUACAAAACCCUUCUCCUCACCCUCCUGGCCUUCACAGGUCCCGCAAAAGGCCACAUGGAAAUGACCUACCCUCCCCCUUUCAAAUCCAAAUCUAAUCCACAUGCCAACCCCAACAAGGUUGAUUACAGCAUGACCUCACCCCUGAAGCCAGACGGCUCCGACUUUCCCUGCAAAGGCUAUCUGUCACUGCUCAACACCCCGGAGGGCAAAUCCGUCGCCUCGUGGACGGCGGGCGGGAGGUACAACUUCACCAUCUCGGGCGGCGCUGCCCAUGGUGGGGGUUCCUGCCAGGCCGCGCUGUCUGUUGAUGGCGGGAGGACCUUUCGGGUCGUGCAUAGCUACGAGGGCGGAUGUCCUGGGCAGGGGGAGAGUUCGUUUGGGUUUGUGGUGCCGGGGGAUACGCCGGCCACGGAGCAGGGGGUGUUUGCAUGGACGUGGUUUAAUAACUUGGGGAAUCGCGAGAUGUACAUGAACUGCGCAGUUGUGGGCAUUGACGGAGGAAGUGGUGGUGGGAGUGAUAGGGUUGCGUUUGACGACAGGCCUGGGCUGUUCACGGCCAAUGUUGGGAAUGGAUGCCGGACGGUCGACUCAGCGGACCUCAAGUUUCCCGAUCCUGGGCCUGAUGUUGACUCUCAUGAGGGCGCGAAGCCAGCUACAGGAAGCUGUGGAGCUUGGCCCUCUUCUGGUGAAGGGAGCGGUGGAUUAGGGGCCAGCGCUGGGAGCUCCAGCAGCACAGUUACUAACGACUCGGGCACUGGCAAAGGAUGGACGCCGGGGAAUGAUUGGCCCUCCUGGUUUCAGUCGGGUGCUUCCAAAACAGGUGGUUAUGCUUAUUUGAUGGUCUUUCUCUGGGCGGUGUUUUUGGCCCACUACGUCUUUUGA